AUGAGAAGAAGAGCGUUGUGGGGAGAUUUGAAGGCUGUCAAGGAAUCAACAGGAGAAGGUAUAUGGAUUAUGGGAGGAGAUUUUAAUGAGGUAAGAAGUGAGCAUGAAAGGAUGAAUUCCAGAUUUGAUAAUCAAGGUGCCGUGUUAUUCAACAACUUUAUAGCUGAAGCAGGGUUAGUCGAAUAUCAAAUGGGAGGAUAUAAAUUCACGUAUAUGUCAGACGAUGGAUCAAACCUUAGUAAAAUUGAUAGGAUACUAGUGUGUGAUUCUUUCAUGAAUAAUUGGCCAACGGCAAGAUUCGAGGCACUAACAAAACACGGAUCGGAUCAUAGCCCACUUCUACUAUCCUGUGCAAAAAAUGAUUUCGGACCAAUUCCGUUCAGAUUCUAUAACAGUUGGUUGGAGGAUGAAAGUAUUGGAGAAGUGAUAAAGAAAGGCAUAGAGGAGGUGUCAGUUGAAGGCAAUAGUAUGAGAGAGCUGGCAAAUAUUUUAAAAAAUCUUAAAACAAGAAUAAAAGAAUGGAGGAGGGCAGUGAAAAUACAGGAGGAAAAAGAAGUCCAGGAAGCGAUAGAACAAGUGGAAAGGUUAGAAAAGACGACAGAGACAAGGAGACUAACGGGUGUGGAGAAAGAAAGCAGGGUUACAGGAAAAUGGAAAAUAAAGAAUUACGAGAGAAAGAAUUUGAUGGAUCUGAAACAAAAAGCAAAAUUUAGAUGGGCCAAACUAGGGGACGAGAACUCAAAAUUCUUUCACAAGAUCAUAAAUUGUAGGAAAGCAAGAAACUGUAUCAGUGCAUUGAAGGUAAACGGCAUUAUGUGUACGGACCCGAAGGCAAUAAAGGAGGAAAUAAAAGCUACUUUCAUGGCCAGAUUCGCGGAACCAUAUAAACACAGACCGUCCUUAGAUGGUAGAGACUUUAAAAAGGUCACAAGGAGCAAGCAAUAG